CAAUUAUAGGACGUUUUCGUCGUUGAAUAAAUACCUAAAAAUAUAUCAUUUUCUUUACGUUAUUUUACUAAAUCUAAACAUGUUUUUUCUAGAGUUGUAAGAAAUAAGGUUUUUUAGAUUAUUAUCUAUCAGGAUGACCCAUAGACAUGGUGACCACAAAAUGCAAAUUAUUUUCGAUAGUGUUAAAUACCCUAUCGUACACUUGGGAUGGGCAAAAGGAAAAAAAAUCGAUAUAUAUAUCCUAUCGCUUUCAAGUUUAUCGAUAAAUAUUGACUGAAAUAUUGAUGAUAUUUUUCUGAUUGCUUUCGUAAUAAGCGAUUAUCUAUUGAAAAUAUUCGAAAUUUUAAAACAAAUACAAACCUGGCAGAUUUGAAAUCAGUUUUAUUAUUCGUAAUAUGUACAUAAAACCAAGAAAACAACAACUAUUACAUUAUUCAAACAAUCCAGUAUUUGUCUGAUAUUGACAUCUGGAGCACUCUCAGUGACACCAACCAAAGCGACAAGCAACGUUAUAGACAAACAGGCCGUAGGCUGUCUGAAAUUUUUGUUAGUGUUUGAAGCAAAAAACUAAACUCAUACAGCCUACCUACACUUUUCCUAAAUUAAUUAAUUAUUCAAAUUAUUAAUUUAAGAAAUACAUGAUGUGACGCAUGAGUAGAGAAAUAAAUAAAAUAUAUCGAUUUUAUAUGAACUUGAUAUCUGUAAAUAAAUAUCGAAAACCAUUAUAUCGCGGGAAAAUAUAUAGUUUAUUUAUAUCGAUUUUUUCAGAAAAAGUAUCGUUACUUUGAUAUAUCGAUAUUUAUUGCACAUUCCUAUCCUACACAUGGCAGCAUUCAGGCGAUGGUAAAAGCAAAUAACUGCAUUCGAUUUUAAACUUAUAUGUAAAGGUAUUAUGGCUUAAAAUGAUUUGGAGAUAUUUGACAGCAUUGCAAACUAUGUGCUUUCUACUGUUCUUAAUUUCGGGAAAAGAGCUCCUGAAAAUUAUAAUUAAUGAAUAAAUUAGUAUAGUUUAAAGAGCAUAUAUUGUUUGUUUUUUUAUGUAUGUAUUGUUAUUUGUUACGAAUUAAAUAAAACUAAAUACGUGCGCAAAUUACCCAAGUUUGGGUAUUGUAAAAAUUUCCAAAAUGUUUUUUAGUCUAACCAAAAUUUUUAAUAAGUACAAGCCUUUCUUUGAAUACAAAACUUUAUGUCACAGGAGCAAAAGUAGUCUCGGCGUAUGGAGUGAAGAUUUGUCAACAGAUAUAAAACUGAAAAUAGAAAGACAUUGGUCAAAAGAUGUUUUAAGUCAAAAAAAAAUAGAUAAUGAUACAGAGUCAUUUUAUGUUCUACCAAUGUUCCCAUAUCCAUCUGGAAAUUUACAUAUGGGUCAUGUCAGAGUUUAUUCAAUAUCAGAUACUAUUGCAAGAUUCCAUAAAUUAGAUGGCAAAAAUGUAAUACAUCCGAUAGGUUGGGAUGCAUUUGGCUUGCCAGCAGAAAAUGCUGCUAUAGAACGAAAUAUCCCACCUCAUCAAUGGACCAGAUCAAAUAUACAAUCAAUGAAAAUGCAGCUCCUUAAAUUGAGUUUUGACUUUGAUUGGGAGCGUGAGCUAUCUACAUGUGAUCCACAAUAUUACAAAUGGACACAAUACAUAUUUUUAAAAUUGUUUGAGAAAGGUUUGGCAUACCAAUGCAGGGCGAAAGUUAAUUGGGACCCCAUCGAUAAAACAGUUUUGGCAGAUGAGCAAGUAGAUGAAUUUGGUUGUUCUUGGAGGUCUGGUGCUAAAGUUGAAUCAAAAAUUUUAACACAGUGGUUUAUCAAAACAACAAAAUAUGCGAAAAAAUUAUUUGAUGGCUUGAGCAGUAAUAUUUUAGAAGAUUGGAAAGAUAUUAUCAAUCUUCAAAAACACUGGAUAGGUGAAUGCAAUGGAAUAGUAGUGAGAUUUAAAAUGACAUGCGGGGACAAAAAAAAACCUAUUGAUAUAUGGACAUCUGAACCUUAUAAACUGAUACAUGGUGAAUUUAUCACAAUAAAAAAAGACAGCAUCUAUUUACAAGAAAUGGAAAAUAUGAUUAAUGAAGAUUUAAAAUGUUUUAAUCCAAUUACAAAGUGUGAAAUGCCAGUUUAUAUAACAGAUGACGCCAAUUAUGCUCCUGAGAGAGAUAUUUAUAUAGCUUCACCUUCAAAUAACGAGGAAGAUUUCAUGCUGUCGAAAUCAUUGAAUGUACCAGUAAUAAGCUGUAAACAAGUUAACAUAGAAAUAGAAAAUAAGCAUGCUUUAGAAAUUGCACAAAAAAACGACAUCGGGGGUUAUCUCGUAAGUUCGAAAUUAAAGGAUUGGCUUAUAUCUAGGCAACGCUAUUGGGGUACACCUAUACCUAUAAUUCAUUGUGACGGAUGUGGUCCGGUUGCAGUACCAUUAAAAGAUCUUCCAAUAACACUUCCACAUGUAGAGUCUUUCGGUUCUGAUAUUCAAACAUUAGACAAGUUAGCUGAAUGGAUCGAUUGUACCUGCCCUAAAUGUCAAAAGAAAGCCAAAAGGGAGACAGACACAAUGGACACAUUUGUAGAUUCAUCAUGGUAUUUUUACAGAUUUUUAGAUCCUGGAAACAAUGAAAAACCAUUUGAUAAAAUAAAAGUAUCUGGAAAAACUCCUGUCAAUAUUUACAUAGGUGGCAAAGAACACGCAGUAUUGCAUUUGUACUAUGCUCGCUUUAUGAGUUACUUCUUGCAUUCACUGGGGUGGAUUCCAUCUCCAGAACCUUUUAAAAAAUUAGUAGUUCAAGGAAUGGUUAUGGGUCAAUCUUAUAAAUUGAAAUCGUCCGGAAAAUAUAUCCCUCCUGAUAAUGUAGUGCUAGUUGGGAAAGAAUAUAAACUUAAAAAUACCGGGGAGUCUGUUUUAGCGCAGUGGGAAAAGAUGAGCAAAUCUAAAUAUAAUGGAGAAAACCCUGAAAGACUGUUAACAACAUAUGGAUGUGAUACUACACGACUUCUGAUUCUUUCUGAUGUCCCUCCUGAAACAAGCCGACGUUGGUCAGACGCCAGUAAGUCUAGUAACACUGUUAUAUACUUCCUAUGGUUUUCUUAUACCUAACAUUUUCCACGUAUUUGUAGCAUUACCAGGGGUUUUGAAUUGGCAACAUAGACUAUGGUUAACAAUAAGAGAUUUUUUAAAACACAGAAGUUCAGUUAAUUAUAGUAAUGAGCAGUUAAGCGAAGAAGAAUUCUGUGAACAUGAGCGUAAGAUCUGGGAUGCAAAAAAUUAUUUUAUCGCCACUACAACAUACCAUUUUAAACAUACAAAUAAACUUAGUGUAGGUAUUUCCAGAUUACAAAGUUUAACCAACACGUUAAGAAAAAACCUGCCGCCUGAUGUUAUUGCUAAAAGUAAAGAAUUUGAAUCGGCGUUGGCCUCUUUGAUAAUUAUGUUGUCACCAGUUACUCCUCAUUUUUGUUCAGAGUUGUGGGCUGGAUUCGUUUCAGCUCCCAAUAGAAUUUGUAAUCAAUCACAGACAAAUAUAUGCUGGGAUAAAAAUGUUCUAGAGCAGCAGUGGCCUAAAGUUGAUGAACAAUAUAAUUUGUCGCUUCUUUGUAAGGUUGAUGGCGCUGACAGAUGUGACUUGAAAAUAAAUGCGGCCGAACUUAUUAAACUGGAUUUAGAAAACGCACUAAAUAUUGUAGUAAAGGAAGAAUCGGUUGCUAAACGAAUAAAAUCGGGUAUAUUCAAAACUAAAUAUGAAUUGUACCCUGGAUGUAGAGCCAUCCUACAUAUUUUUACUAACCGGAAACUUAAAAUGAAAGAAGAGUGUGAGGACAUAGCAAAUAAACAAUGAAAUGUAUAAGUCGUUUCACGAAAAACUUCCCAUUGCUUUUGAUUUUAAUAAAAGCAAAAGCGUUGUUAUUGGAGAGACAUUUUACUUGAAACUAACAUAAGACUAAUUUGCUGUAUAAGUUACGUUCAUUGAGCGAAAAUAUAGUUAACACCGUGUUGUGGCAAUCGCAAAAUAAUGACAUUGCGAAAUCCGUGUCGUGGCUAACAUGCUAUUCGACCUCAAUUCGUUGUGGCAAUGAAGAAAAGCCUUUCAUUUUACAAUAGCGAUUCGCUUCUGGCUCUUAGCCGGCCGCUGCCGUGGCACACUUGCUUUGCUCGCUCGGUUCGGGCCUCGUUUGUCAUAUUCUAACUUAAACUAAUCAAAUAUGGUUUAAUACGCUUCAUGGUUUUUCUUCAUUGCCACAACGUAUUUUGAUCGAGUAGCAUAAUAGUAAGCAUAACUAUAUGAAUAUUUUUACUGUGAUCACAACACGUUGUGAACUAUUUUAUCACUUAAUGAGCGAUUGCAAUUAUGAGCGUAACAUAUAUGUAUAUAAUAAACGAGUUGACAUACGAACUUCGUAUUGCACGAUUCAAAAAAUAUUUAUAUCCGAUAUUUAUAGAUAUGGGAUAUCAAACAGUAUCGCAACGUAAUAGAAUGAGAAAAUAUUUUAAAAAAAAGUUCCCAAAAUCAAACUAAAUGUCGCUACGGUACGUUCUUGAUUUCUUCAUGACAACCUUUCCGGUUUUCAUUCAAGUUUAAAAAUAAAUUUGUUAUCAAAGCUCAAUCAACAACUUAUAUUCUAUUUGUACUUUUUCGUAUUUGUAUUGAUAUGUAAGUUUCGAACUUUGCAAAUUUCAGUUUUUUAACACGUUAGUUAGAAGGAACGGAAAUGACUAUCUUUGGGCCAAUCGUUUCCUGCAAAAAUCAACUUUUGCUAGAGUCGCCAUCUAGUUGAGGUGCUUUUUUAGUGCUUUCUUUUUUUCUUAAAUACUUUUCACAAAUAGUAGUUUUAUUGGAAUGUGACUUAAUUAGAUUAUGAAGUCACUUAUUCCAUUACAAUAGAAGAAACAAGACAGAUAUUUUUCGAUUACUGAUUAAUAUGCCGGUUGCUGAGUCACAAAUACUCGGUACAAAUCAUUAUAUACAAUAUUCAUAAUCAAAGAAAAUCGACAAAAUUAAGUAGCCAAGUGCAUACUCAUUCCCACUGGUUGUGCACCCGUUGACGAGCUUUACGCAUGAGCCAGCCAUCACUUCACUCAACUCGACCUCCGUAGAGAUUUUAAAGAGAGCGUGGCUGCUCUAGGUACUUAAUCCUAUUAAUAUUAGCUAUAAAUGUGAAAGUUUAUUUGGAUGUUUGUCCGUCAAUCACACCGAAACUUCUAAACGGAUGUUGAUGAAAUUUGGUAUAGAGAUAGAGUAUUAGCUGACUUUGAUAAUAGGAUACUUUUUAUCUCACUAAACAUUUCCCGAACCACGCGAGUGAAGCCACUGGCGAAAGCUAGUAAGUAAUAUAUUUGAAAAUAACUGAUUUCUAUAAUAGGUUGAGCAGGAAGUAAUUAUUGUAAGAACCAAAAAAGCACAUACCCACCGUACGAAUUAACAUAACACCGGGAUCGACGUCCGCCGUCAACAUGCAAGUUUAGCAGCGAUAGUAUAAUUGAAUUUGAAGUUAUAACCUUGCUGUUCGUUUCUUGUUGAUUGUUGAAUUUUAUUAAGACAAUUUAUUUAUUUAUUUAUUUGACUAACCAACAUCUGUUUACAAUGAUACAUACUAUUGAUAACAUUAAUUCUUUUUUUUCCGACUUAUUGCAACAGGCACUUAAAGGUUAGCUCCGCAUGCAUAAUAAGCUUACAAUAUCUAUUUAGUUAUUAAUUACAGACUUAUCUGUUCAAAAUGCGGUGAACAAUACUAAUUUUAAUACUAAUUUGCUAUUAUAUUUUAGAAAAUCUAGAACAUUUUUGUGGUAUGUGGAGUAAGAAUCAAAAUGUAAAUCAAGUAAAUCGCUACAGGAAUUAAAAGUUUUAGAAAGUCUGACAACCGGCGAAUUUAAACCCAAUACUGUUUUUCUCCAGGGAGGACAUAGAGGUGUGGUACGACCAGUGGCGUAGCUACCAAGGGACUAGGUGGGGCAGUACCCCGAGGCCCUCAAGCUCAGGGGGCCCUCGAAUCUUUACCAGAAAAUCUCAAUCGAACUCAACUUUUGAAAAUUUCUCCCAUCUUCAAAAUAAAAAUGACAGGUGACAACUCGAGUUUAAUCAUGGAAACUUAGUUAUGAGUAAUUCCAAAGUUAUAAUUAGGUACCCUCCUUUGCGUCGCGCAGUCGGGUAAAAAGGGAAUUCUCGUAAAUUAUUUGUGUGGGUUGACAGCUGUGUUAUUAAUGUUUUCAUCAAUUUGUUGGAUAUUAAUAUUUAUCGAUAUGCGUUUUUGUGAUUCGCGAUUGUUAACUUCGAGUCAAGAUUUUUUUUCGAGAAUGGUUAAAAAGUUAUUGUAUCACGAGUAAGUAAUGUCAAUAAAUUUUUUGUACUGUUCCAUACAAAAGUUCAAUUUUAUUUGAUUGUAGUCCGUCAAACCGUCAAAUGUGGUAACACUGGCGGCGAUAAAAUGUUUGCCGGGGAUUCCCCAACGACGUCUUGUAUCGUAUCAUUACGUUUCCUUUUCUUUUACUUGUAACGUUGUCAGUGAACAGUGAGUAUCUACCUGAGUACUGUCUUACAUAAAUAUUGCAUAAAUAAAUUAGAAAACUAAUAGGUAUUAUGGACAAAAAAAAAGAAACCCAGUGGUGCAUUUAAACGCAAACAACGCCAAGAAAGAGGAGAAAGUAAACAAAAAUUGCCCAAAAUUAACAAGUUUUUUAGUCUGCCUUCUGCAAGUACUUCUGGACCAAAUAUUUCUAUUGAUAAUUUUUGUAAAUAGCUUGCAUGGCGAUAUGUUAAAUAAGUGUAAGCUGGUGCAACGUAUCUAUGAAUAAAUGAAUAUAUAAUAAACCCUUG